AUGGACCGACAAAGAUUACUCCUGUUGUCCCUAUUGCUGUCAACAAGCAGUGCUUUUCUCUCGAAAUCACGAACAUCACCAAGGAAUAUAGGAUAUCCCUUGUUUUUAAGCGACGAUCUAUCGUUUGCAGACUUGGGCCUAAGCCCGGAGGUUCUGAGCUGUGUUGCAUCCCAAUCGGACUGGAGGACACCCACCGAACCUCAAAUAUUAGCUAUACCAAAACUUCUGGAAGUUGGAACCUCAAGUGAGCAUGUUAUUAUGGUAGAAGCACCUACUGGAUCUGGAAAAACAGCGACAUACGCGCUCCCGCUUCUUGAGAGUUUCCAACGAGGAUCACAAGAUGGGCGGAUUGCCGCGUUGAUUCUGUGCCCCACACGUGAGCUAGCAGCUCAAAUUGGAUCAGUGAUUAAAAAUCUUGCAAAUAAUGUGGCGAGCAAGAAGCAGAUGCGUAAAACUGUCAUGGUUCUGCACGGUGGUAUUCCCCUCCAGCCUCAAAUCCAGAGCCUUGCAGACUGCGCUCGUAAUGAAGAAACUAUUGACUUUUUGGUGGCGACUCCUGGCAGAUUAGUUGACGUUCUUACUUAUUAUCAGAAAGGAGCUGGGGAUUCAAGUGCGAGAGAUGCGGCGUUCGAAAGGCGUGUACUAGAUGCUCUUGACCAGCAAGGAAAACAAGAUGUUACACUCUCGAAGGAUCAGCUAGAAAUGCUGGGUCUAAAUGACUUUCAAGAAGAUGAUGGGCGGGCAGCUUUGGUAAACUUACUCAGUGACUUGAAACUAUUGGUAUUGGACGAGGCUGAUAGGUUACUUUCGCGACAAUUCGAGCCAGAAUUCAGGGCGGUUCUUGAUUUAUUGCCGAAGAGCAUUCCGAUGUGGAUGUUUUCAGCCACUUUUCCAAAGUUUUUGGAGCCAAGGAUGAACCACAUUGUUUCGGAGAUUGGGGCUAAGCAUGUACUGAAAAUUAAAUGCUCUAACGUAGAUCGAUUGCCACAUGAGCAGGAAGUGAGCUCGUCGUUGAAGCGAAAGUUGGAACGCAGCUCCACAUCUGCCGAAACAGAAACAAUGCAAAAGACUGGAUCUGCAUCCACUAUCUCGUUGCGUGCCAUUCGAUUGGAUAAAAAGGAUCGCACUCAAGCUUUGCUGAGUCUUCUUGAAGAUCAUCCUGAGUGGGAUCGCGUGUUGGUGUUUGUUGCAACAAGGUAUGCAUCCGAGCACGUCAGUCGUAAACUACGUCGAGGGGGCUUGUUUUCCAGUGAGUUGCAUGGGAAGCUAGAUCAACAGGCAAGAGAGCGGCGACUAAACGACCUUAAAAAAGGCAAAAUUCGAGUAUUGCUGGCAACUGACGUAGCAAGUCGCGGUUUGGAUGUAUCAGGACUUCCUGUAAUUUUCAACUAUGACCUACCUCGUUCUACAGCUGACUUUGUUCACCGCGUCGGGCGGACUGGAAGGGCAGGAAAGACUGGGACCGCUGUUUCCUUCGUGACGGCCUCUAGCGAAGAGCACAUGGAAUUGAUUGAAAAGCGGCAUUUGAACCAACAUAUCGAGCGAGAAACUCUUCCAAGAUUCCAGCCUGACGAAGAAAAAUGGAUGGUCGAGGUUGAAGGAUCUAGAACUGGUUUACCUGGAGUUCAACACAGCGAAAAGGGAUUGGCACAUGACCGAAUGUUCGGAGGUAUUAAAGGACGGCGAAAAUCCAAGAAGGAUAAACUGCGUGAAGCAGCUGCAACGAAGGAAAGCAAAGAAACGAAAAAAGGAACUUGA